UCCAUAGCGUUCCAUCUUCUCCCACUGCCGGCCACUCGGCUUCCGCUCACUAUCAUAUUUGUUACAUUAUUUGAGCGAGUGGAAAAGCCACUCGGAUGCUUCACAUUUAUGCAUCCGGUGAAAUAUCUGUCUCGUUGUUCUAUCUGUGGUAAUAGUUCCCGGAUCGAAGUGACACAACAAUUGCAACUUGGAUAGUUUUGAGUCGAGUCUUACAGUAACUCAUUUGAGAAUUUAGACUAAGGUUUCAACGUUUGAAUAUCAGCAAGGCUACUUUGUUGCACCAUUAUAUGAAAUGGGACGAAAGGUUAUAUUAGCGACGUGCUCCUUGAAUCAAUGGGCACUAGAUUUUGACGGAAACUUAGAGAGAAUACUGAGAAGUAUCGCGACAGCCAAGUCUCAGGGGGCUAAAUACAGACUGGGACCAGAACUGGAAAUAUGUGGGUAUGGCUGUGCAGACCACUUCUACGAGUCAGACACCCUGCUGCACUGCUUCCAGGUACUUGGGAAGCUGCUGGAGUCACCUGUCACCCAGGACAUCAUCUGCGAUGUUGGCAUGCCCAUCAUGCAUCAUAAUGUUCGGUAUAACUGCAGAGUAAUUUUCCUCAAUGGGAAAAUCUUGUUGAUCCGACCCAAGAUGCUGCUGGCCAACUAUGGAAACAACCGGGAGUUCCGCUGGUUUUCACCAUGGAAUAAACUCAGACAUGUGGAGGAGUACUUCCUGCCCAGGAUGAUCCAGGACAUGACAGGACAGGUAGGAUCCAUCUCUCUUUAA